UGGAAGACUGGCUGGCACAGCCCCAUUCUCAAGCAAGUACCUCUUUGUGUACCACGUCACGUCGUACGACGCUGCCAACAGCAAAUAUGUCGCGCAACAAGAUUACGCUCUACGUCGACACGGUCAGUCCGUUCGCCUAUAUUGCGUACUAUGUGCUCCGGGUAUGUUUCGCAAGGGUAUCUCGCUGUCUCGGACACGCGCACCGGCUGACGGCCCGCACAGCACCAUGCAGUCUUCCAAAGCUGCGACAUCACAUAUGUACCCAUCUUCCUGGGCGGCCUAAUGAAGGCAUGCGGCAACACGGCGCCCAUCAACAUCACGAAUAAGAAGUCAUGGAUCAACCACAACCGUCAGCUGUGGGCCGAGACGCUGCAGGUGCCUAUCAAGAAGGAGCUGCCUGCUAACUUCCCGCCCAUGACGCUUGGCAUCAUGCGCCAGCUCGCGGCGCUGGACGAGGCAGACGGUAGGGGCCGGCAGCAGCGCCUGGUGCAAGCGCUGGACGCGAUGUUCCACGACUUCUGGGUGGAGCACCGCGAGACGCACAAGGCCGAGGUGCUCCAUUCGCUCCUGGACAGAGUCCUCGGCAGCGAGACAGCGGCCAGCGUCGCCGCAGAGGCCGGCAACAAGGGAAAGGUGGCCCUGCUGCGCAACACGGAUGAGGCCUUCGCCGCCGGCGCCUUCGGCCUGCCAUGGAUGGUGUGCACCAACGCGGCCGGCAAUGUUGAGUCAUUCUGGGGCGUCGACCACCUUGGCCAGGUGGCUAGCUUCCUGGGCCUCGAGCGUCCCAAGGCGGGUGGAUGGAAGGCUCUGCUCUGACCAAGGCGACGGGGCCGUGUUGGUCAUCGUGUCCAGGCCUCAUUUCGCGGGCCUCCUAUGUUGUACUGUGUCAUGCUCGCCCUUGCCCAGUGAAGCUGCACGGCGAGUCAUCGCGAUCUCCAUGUGGAAGGGACUGCUCGUAGCUUGUGGCGAAAGCAAGCUGGCGGGACGUUGUCUGGUCCAGAUAGUCUUGAAGCGUUGCCCGCCCGACUUCACCUUGCAAAUCCAGUACCGUCAACUGUAUGCUCAGUCCUCGAUACUAGCGCUGGUAAUCUACACGCGUCCAUGGCCGGCCUGCUCACGGAGACGGCCCACUCGCGUUGUGUGUGGGUCGAUCUUGUUGAUACAAUAACAACUACACGCGAUCACGCGUCUUGCGCGAGGCAGUCUGCCUGCGGUACAUGUCCCAUCUUCACAUCAGGCGUUCGUCGUUUCACAUCGAGGCACGUGCUUUUCAUGUAAAUCAUGGACCGCGUCCGGUCCAGUUGCAUUCCGCGG